AAAAACACAUGAAAUAAAGGAUCGCCCUUUUCCAAUCUCCUACGUUUCUGUUCUGUUUUUGGUGUUGAGAUUCAUUUGUAUAUGAUACAUACACAUCCAAAUACAUAUACAAAUACACACUUGUUAUAAUUCUAAUUCUAAUAAUAAUAAUAAUAAUCAUGUCAUACGCAUACCUUUUUAAGUACAUCAUUAUCGGAGAUACCGGGGUUGGAAAAUCAUGUCUUCUCCUGCAGUUCACAGACAAGCGUUUUCAGCCCGUUCAUGAUUUAACCAUUGGUGUUGAAUUUGGUGCUAGAAUGAUAACCAUCGACAACAAACCAAUAAAGCUGCAGAUUUGGGACACAGCCGGUCAGGAAUCAUUUAGAUCCAUAACAAGGUCUUAUUACAGAGGCGCUGCUGGUGCACUUCUGGUUUAUGACAUCACUAGGAGGGAAACUUUUAAUCACCUCGCGAGCUGGUUGGAGGAUGCUAGGCAGCAUGCAAAUGCAAAUAUGACUGUGAUGCUUAUUGGUAACAAGUGUGAUCUUGCACACAGACGAGCUGUUAGUACAGAAGAAGGUGAACAAUUUGCUAAGGAAAACGGUCUAGUCUUCAUGGAAGCCUCUGCAAAAACUGCACAGAAUGUUGAGGAGGCAUUCAUAAACACAGCUGGAACAAUUUAUAAGAAGAUUCAGGAUGGAGUUUUUGAUGUAUCAAAUGAGUCUUAUGGGAUAAAAGUUGGAUACGGUGGCACCUCUGGCCCAUCAGGAGGAAGAGACUCCACUGCCCAGUCAGGAGCGUGUUGCAGCUAAAAAGUUAACCAAGUUCAUCGCUUGAUCCAUUCUGGUGUUCUUAUCACGAUAUCUCUACUUUCUCCACCGGUUCAACAAUUUAUGAAUAGCUCUCUUUGAUCCUUACCAUGUAAAUUUGGUGUCUGCUUGAAAUCAGAUGAACCGGUAUAUAUUGAUUUUAUCUGCACCAUUUGUCCCUUCUAGAAUUGGAUAUUUAUGUAUUUAUUUAUUUUGGAUACAUUAUUCAUUUAUACAAUUUCAAUGGUUACAUUGUAUACUA